AUGGCAUUUGAUUUUAAGUUUAGGGAUUUAGGAGAGUACAUGGAUAGAGCUGACACACUAGUGUACUAUAGCGGAAUGGAAUUCACAGCCAACGCGAUAGCAGCAGUUGGCUCAAUAUGGCGGCACGAGAAUGAUAAGGAAGAUUAUAUAACUGGCUCAGAUCAGUUAAGUGAGGCAAGGCGCAACAUUAAGAAAUAA